UCGUCUUCUCCCGCCUCCUCGGCCACGCCUUCCAGUUUCCCCUCCCACGACCUCCCCUCUGGUCCUGGUCCCGCCCCGGCCGCUGUCCUCAGGCCCCGUUGGCCCCUUAUCUCCCCAGUAACCGGACCACAACACUGAGCUCGGAGCACCCAGGAUGGACAGGUUAGGCGUUCCAGCAGGACACUCGCAAUCGUUGGCUAAGCUGGCCGCAAUGGGCACCCGCUCGGAGGAAGGAAGCGAGGCCUUCCAGGAAACACUAGUGGACUGGGAGCUGAGCCGGCUGCAGCGACAGUACAAAGUGAUGGAGGUUGAAAGGCGGGCCUACAGCAAGGAAGUCCACCAGCGCAUCAAUAAGCAACUUGAGGAGAUCCAGCGCCUGCAAGACGUGCAGAACAAGCUUCAGGUGAAGAUCGGCAUUGCCCAGAGCCAGGGCAAGCGCCUGCGGGACAACGAGAGGAUGGAGAACAUGAGCCAGCUGCUGAAGUGCCGGGCCCAGGUGGAGGCCGAGGUCAAGGAGCUGCAGGAGCAGACCAGAGCCCUGGACCGGCAGAUCCAGGAGUGGGAGGCCCGGCUCUCUGCCUGCGGUAAGGAUCCCAGGGCCCCAGGGGUCAUCAUGGACCAAAAGGCCAAGACCCGGAAAAGGAUCAAGAUCGUGGAAAACCAGCUGGACAGGGUCACCUGUCACUUCGACAUCCAUCUGGUUCGGAACGCAGCCCUGCGGGAGGAGCUGGAUCUGCUGCUGGUGCAGAGGAACCACUAUCUGAACAUAGACCGGAAGCUGCACAAGAUGGGGGAGGCCAUGAAGAAGGCGCGCUAUGGCGACGCCGCCCGCCUGUCGCUGAAGGAGGAGCACGAGGCUUCGGUGCAGCAGCAGAUCGGAGCGGUGCGCAGCGAGGCCGACAGCCUGGAGGCCCGCGCCCAGGCGCUGAGGGAGCAGGUGGAGAAGUUUAAGGCAGCCAUCCAGCAGCUCUUCACCAGGGCCCAGUGCGACAGCACCAUCAUCAAGGACCUCCUGGGGGUCAAGACCUACAUGCGGGACCGCGACAUCGGCCUCUUCCUGGGGAUCAUCCAGGACAGUGGGGAACUCUAUCUGGCCUUGUCAGUGGAGACUCGGAAGUGUAGCCCGCAUUUUAAAAUAGAAACGGAGUGGAAUAAAGAAGAUGAUGCAGCACGGGGGUAUUUCACGAAGCCAUGUGGUCGAUGUGACGACUAA